GAGAACCAAACCCAUUUGGCCUUUCCCACAAACCUCUCGACGACCCAUCUCCCUCUACAAAUCCACGAUGAACAACUUCUUCAAAGUCGACCCUUCCUCCGCCGCAAUCGCCCAAGGACCCGACGACGAUGUUCCUUCUCCAGGUCAGCUAUUCGCUCAAUUCGGCGCCGGUUGUUUCUGGGGUCUGGAGCUAGCUUACCAGAGUGUUCCUGGUGUGACCAAGACCGAGGUUGGGUAUAGCCAUGGCCUCGUUCACAAUCCGACUUACAAGGAUGUCUGUACUGACACCACGGGACAUACCGAGGUUGUCAGGGUUCAGUACGAUCCUAAAGAUUGCACCUUUGAGAGCUUGCUCGAUAUUUUCUGGAAGCGCCAUGAUCCAACCUCCUUCAAUCGUCAGGGGAAAGAUGUGGGAACACAGUAUCGAUCAGGCAUAUACUACUACACAGACGAGCAAGAGAGGAUAGCUCGUGAAGCUGUUGAGGUACAGGAGAAGAUCUUGGACAAGAAGAUUGCGACAGAGUUACUUCCCGCUACAAAGUUUUACAGAGCGGAAGAGUACCACCAGCAAUACCUGACAAAAGGUGGUCUCACGUGUUCAAGACCAUCAGUUGGGAAUGGUUGCAAGAAUGCAAUCCGAUGCGGUACAAAAGAAGUGACUUUUGUUUCAUGAAAAUGCAUUAAUCUGUAGAUCACAAUAUUUGUGUAUUGCCAAUGUCUAUGCGAAUUCUAUAAAAUGCAAUAAAACAGUUUCGAAUUAUCUUUUAA